AGUGCUAGCUGGUGGUGGAGUUGUUAUUGUCGCCACAGCGAGGGGUAGGCGCUCACAUUCUUCGACUGUCGGAUAAAGAAGUACUUAGCAAUGAUGAUGGAUGGCGAUUCCUGGUCAACACAUUUUAAUAUCAAAUAAUUGAAUAUCAAGACCGUCCGUACGGUUAUUGGAAUACUACAACGUAUAGUAUUGGGACCUUCCCAGCCAACAGCCUUUGUGAAGUAAUUGAUAGAACGGCUUUCAGCUUUCACUGAUGGAGAAACUUACAAUGAGAACAGAGGAAGUUAAGACGAAUAUCAGUGAAGAAGAAAGAGUUAAAGCAGAGGAGAAGACUAAACGCUUUCAAGAAAAACUACAACAACUUGGUUCAGAAUUGGAAAGUACACAAGACAAUGAUAAACUUACGCAGGAGGAUGUGUUGCACAAAGGAACCACUCGUCGUAACAGCCGUGAGAAAUAUCGCAGAAUAUCUGGUAGGAGUGGAGAUACAAAGAAUAGAGUCAAUGAAUUUGAGAACUUAUAAAGACUUAUUUUUUAAAGAUCUAUUUUUUAAUCUUUGUCAGUGGUAUCAUGUUUGCAAAUUCUAUAUAAAUGAAAUAUCAUUGUAUUAAAGUAAAUAAAAUAUGAUAGUUGGAGCAAACUGAUAUCUCCAACUAUUGGU